CACCGGGACAAGCCCUUGUUUCUCUUUUCUUUCUGCAUUCACCCCCCCGAGGAUCUCACUCAUGACUGAAACAUCAUUUGAGGGGUGAUCACCUCCAGAUCCCCAGCUGGACAAGCCUCACAUCGUCUGGGGGCCUCAGUAUCUUCACCUGCGGCGUCCAGUGGGGGUGGGAGCAAGAUGGCUUCCCAGCCCCCGCCUCACCCGGACAUCACUUGAUGCCCAAGUUCCCCUUCUGUGCGCGGCCGCAGCUCUCACUCACCCUCCGGCUUCCUGUCGGGGCUUCCUCAGCCCCACCCCACAUUUGGACAUUUGGAGCAUUUCCUUCCCUGACAGCGGGACCUGGGACCGGGCUGGGGCCCUGGUGGAUGGAGACAUGCUGCCCCUGCUGCUGCUGCCCCUGCUGUGGGGGGGAGGAGCCAGGGUACGAGCUGCAAGUGCAGAAGUCGGUGACGGUGCAGGAGGGCCUGUGCGUCUUUGUGCCCUGCUCCUUCUCUUACCCCUGGAGUUCCUGGUAUUCCUCUCCCCCACUCUACGUCUACUGGUUCCGGGACGGGGAGAGCCAAUACUACAGUCAGGCUGUGGCCACAAACAACCCAGGCAGAGGAGUGAAGCCAGAGACACGGGGCCGAUUCCGCCUCCUUGGGGACGUCUGGAAGAAGAACUGCUCACUGAGCAUUGGAGAUGCCAGAAUGCGGGACACGGGAAGCUAUUUCUUCUACAUGGAGAGAGGAAAUGAUGUAAGACACAGCUACCAACAGAAUAAGCUGAACUUGGAGGUGACAGCCCUGAAAGAGAAACCCGACAUCCACUUUCUGGAGCCUCUGGAGUCCGGCCGCCCCACAAGGCUGAGCUGCAGCCUUCCAGGAUCCUGUGAAGCGGAACGACCUCUCACAUUCUCCUGGACAUGGAAUGCCCUCAGCCCCCUGGACCCUGAGACCACCCGCUCCUCGGAGCUCACCCUCACCCCGAGGCCCGAGGACCAUGGCACCAACCUCACCUGUCAGGUGAAACGCCAAGGAGCUCAGAUGACCACGGAGAGAACUGUCCAGCUCAAUGUCUCCUAUGCUCCACAGAACAUCACCAUCUUCAGGAACGGCACAGCCCUAGAGAUCGUACAAAACACCUCGACCCUUCCGGUCCUGGAAGGCCAGCCUCUGCAGCUGCUCUGUGAUGCUCCCAGCAACCCCCCUGCACACCUGAGCUGGUUCCAGGGCUCCCCUGCCCCAAACACCACCCCCAUCUCCAAUACCGGGAUCUUGGAGCUUCGUCGAGUAGGGUCUGCAGAAGAAGGAGGCUUCACCUGCCGCGCUCAGCACCCGCUGGGCUCCCUGCAAAUUUUUCUGAAUCUCUCAGUUUACUGGAGAUCGAACCUCAGGACAGGAGUGGUUCCUGCAGCCCUUGGUGGUGCUGGUGUCAUGGCCCUGCUCUGUAUCUGUCUGUGCCUCAUCUUCUUUUUAAUAGUGAAAGCCCGCAGGAAGCAAGCAGCUGGGAGACCAGAGAAAAUGGAUGAUGAAGACCCCAUUAUGGGUACCAUCACCUCGGGUUCCAGGAAGAAGCCCUGGCCAGACAGCCCCGGAGACCAAGCAUCUCCUCCUGGGGAUGCCCCUCCCUUGGAAGAACAAAAGGAGCUCCAUUAUGCCUCCCUUAGUUUUUCUGAGAUGAAGUUGAGGGAGCCUAAGGAUCAGGAGGCCCCAAGCACCACGGAGUACUCGGAGAUCAAGACAAGCAAGUGAGGAUUUGCCCAGAGUUCAGUCCUGGCUGGAGGAGCCACAGCCUGUCUGGGGGAAAGGACAAGUCAGGGACCACUUGCUGAAGCACGAAGAGACCUUGUGGCAAUGUUAACAUUAACUGAUGUUUAAGUGCUCCAAGCAGAGCAGAAAGAAGACAGAUGAUGGAAUUAGAGAGGUGGGCUCAAACCUAGGCCCUGGCACUGUCAUCAAGCAAUUCACUGCAUCCCUCUGUGCCUCAGUUUCCCAUUCUGUAAAUCAGAGAUCAUGCAUGUUACCUCAAAGGUUGUUGUGAACAUUAAAGAAAUCAACACAUGGAAAUCAACCAACAUGGGUCCUCGCACAGGGUGUUGUGCUCAGUGCUUUCUGGUCUAUCUUCCUUGAACAGGAAGGUCCUGCUGGCAAGUUCUUUCAAGGCUGGGGAUGACCAGGCACAAAAAACAGGGCAGCAAUAUGUUGGUGUCACUCCCCUUCCCAAAACUUUUCAAAGACUCCCUAAGAAAGACCAGCCCCUCAGCCUGGCACUUGGUUCAUGAUGUGGGAUCUUAUAUCCUUGCCAGGGUCAUAUCUUUGCCCACUUUUACCUGCAAUCCUUGCAUCAUAUUCCAUUGGCUCCAGUCCUUCAUUUAUGAGACCCAUAGGAAUCCUCCCAACAGCCAAAGAGUUGAGUCUAACUCUUUCCUGCCCAAACCCAUUCAUGGCCCCCUGGCCUUAGACAAUAUAUCACAAGCAUCUCCCCUGACACUUAAAGUCCUUCGUGACCUCCCUGCUAUCUAUUCAUUUAUAGUUUCCUCUUGGCCAACCCUUCCUUAAGCCUUUCAUGCUGGUUCAUACCACACUGUCUUUGCAAUUUGACAUUCCUCCUCCUGGAAGCCAUGCCUCCUUGCUUUCAUCUGGCUUACACUAUCUUUUCCUCCAAACAUGAGUU